AUGUUUAUAAUAUGGACAAACGAAUUGACAAUCGAGUUUUUAGAUCUGUAUGAAAAAGAAAUUGCGAUUUGGGAUCCGAAAGAUCAAUUACAUAGAAAUCGUGAUAUAGUUUUUGAUUCGUGGAAAAAAAUAAAAGAUUUAAUGAGCAUACCAGUAGAUACCAAAGAGCUGAAGAAAAAAAAAGAAUCGCUAAUGUCAACAUUUCGACCACUUUUGGCAAAAAAAAAGGCCAGCAACAAAUUAGGUGCAGGUACGGACAACGUAUUUAAACCAAGUUGGUUUGCCUAUGAAAAAAUGGAAACAUUUUUGCAUUGA